UUUUACGAACUAAGCCAACGCAUUCUAUUAUUUUUCCCAAACAAUUCCAAGGAGAACUAGUAAAAAACAUUAAUUAUAAUUUUCGAUAGUGACUCGGCGUGAGUCCGUCCAUCACUGCAGUGCCAUAUAACAGUGCAUAAGUGUCCGGGGCGCACGUGUUAUGUAAGAGCGGACCGCGAUGUGGAGGCCGGCGCUUUGCUGCCUCGCCGUGCUCCUGCCCAGCUUGUUGGCCGACCACUUCGACGAACUCCUCAGGACUGUCUCGCAGACCUGUGAAGUGCUUCCACUGAAUAUUCUCUUCUCGCGUCAAGUGACCCUCGAGUCUUCACACCUGGACGUAGUGGAAUUCAUGAAAGCCUCACGCCGAACGUAUAAGCUUACCAAAGCUCAUCUUAAAAUCAGGCCCAUGAAACUUAAAAACCUUGUUCUCUACAUCCCAGGGUGGUGGAACACGCCUAAUGAUGAGUCUUCUGUGGCUAUAGUGAACUCUUUACUACAGAGGAAUACUGUAGUAUUUCUAUUAGACACAUGCCUCUCUUUCUGCAGAGGAUACGUCGACUCAGCGUCACGAAUCACAGCCAUAUCGAACUCUUUGUUCUCCUUCAUGGAGAAGUUACACCAAGAUGGAUUUCCUAUGGCUUCAGUUCAUAUUGUCGGCUUCAGUUUAGGUGCUCACGUGGCAGGCGCUGCUGGCAGAUUGGUUCACUCCAAACUGUACAGUAAAUUCGGUAAGAUCACAGCUUUGGACCCCGCACGGCCAUGCUUCGCGAGAACCGACAAUAAACUUGAGAAAAAUGAUGCGUUAUUCGUGCAAGUAAUUCACGCCAGCACCGGGGUCCUGGGAGUCGAAGAGGCGACCGGCCAUGUAGAUGUCUACAUCAACGGUCUGUCCGGGAAGCAGCCGGAAUGUAGAAAUAAGAGUAUCACCUUUGAAUGCGAUCACGCUCAAGCCUGGAAAUUAUAUUCUGCGUCUGUUGUGAACGAAAAUUCACUUACAGGCAGAAGAUGUGAGAGCUGGCGGGAGUUAGAAAGAGAAAAUUGCACUGGAGAUGAGACUGUUCUUGGCUAUAGCUGUCGAUCGGAUAUCAGAGGAGUUUUCUUGUACAAGUCGAAGGAAAGUAAAAAAAGGCAAGCGGUUACAUUGAAAGUGUUCAAUCCUUUAGAUUUUAGAACAUGGUUUUCGAGAUAGUGUUUUAAAUGUUUCGGUGUGAAAUCUUCUUUGGGCUCCGCAAAAUUAUAAAGUAGGUACAAGAAUUGGUAGUUAUUAAGUGGGAAGAUGAUUUAGUUUUCAUUGUAUUUGUAGCUCUUGGCUGUGAUUUGCGAUUUUAAUUUAAAUAUUAAAGGACUUUUUAAUUU